UCAACUGUAGCAACUUCUAACAUAGGCCUACUAAACGCUUGACAGUUCUGCGGCUAACACUUUCAAGAUGAAUCCAGACGCGAGGCAUUGACGUAAUCAUUCCGCGACUUCAUUGUCAGAUGGGAAAGCAGUAAGGAGCCGAGAUGGCAUCAGAUGAUGAGAUAAGUCUUCUGGUUAUUGUGGUGGAUGUCAACCCCAUAUGGUGGGGUCAGCAAGCACAGCGGGAACCCGAGUUCACCUUGUCCAAAUGUGUGGAUGCCGUUACGGUAAUGGGGAAUUCACACCUGGUCAUUAACAGGACCAACAAGCUGGCCAUCAUCGGCAGCCACUGCCAGGAGAGUCAUUUUCUGUAUCCCAAUAAACUCUGGAAGUGUGGGGAUGCCACUGGAGACGACUCGACAUCCACCAGUGGGGACGGCAAAUACGAGCUCCUGACGGUCGCCAACGACCUCAUCGCUGAGGAAAUCAAGAGCCUGAUGGCCAGAACUGAUGUGCGGGGGCUCCAGACAGACACCCUGCUGGCAGGAUCUAUGGCCAAGGCGCUCUGCUAUAUUCACAGAGUCACAAAGGAGCUGGAAGCUGGACAGGAAAUUAAAUCCAGGAUUUUGGUUAUUAAGGCUGCGGAGGACUGCGCUCUACAGUACAUGAAUUUCAUGAACGUGAUCUUUGCAGCUCAAAAGCAGAAUAUCCUGAUCGAUGCGUGUGUAUUAGACUCUGAGUCUGGGCUUCUUCAACAGGCCUGUGACAUCACCGGGGGGUUGUACCUGAGAAUCCCUCAGAAGGCUGCUCUGGCACAGUACCUGCUGUGGGUGUUCUUGCCUGAUUCGGACCAGCGCUCUAAAUUGGUCCUGCCUCCGCCCGUUCACGUGGACUAUAGGGCAGCUUGUUUCUGCCACCGUAAUCUCAUUGAGAUUGGCUAUGUCUGCUCAGUGUGCUUGUCAAUAUUCUGUAACUUCAGCCCUAUCUGCACAACAUGCGAGACUGCCUUCAAACUUCCAUUGCCUCAGAUGCUGAAGUCAAAGAAGAAGAAAACAAAACCAGCCACAUAACAAAGGCAUUUUAAAUGCUAAAGGUCAAAUGGAGAUAAGAAUGUGAAAACUACAUUUGUAAUUAUGUUCUUACAGAGGUUUUUGUUGAUCUUUUUUACAGGUAUGGAAUUACAUAUUGUUAAAUGUGUCCGAUGUCUGAAUAGAAGACCAGUGUUACCUGAUGGAAUUGUGUCAUUCACGUGUACAAGAAAAUAUCCGAGUAAUUUAUUUUGAAUAUCAACGGUGUAUGAAACAAUGCCACAUAAAGCCUUCACGUUAACUAUUUUGAUAUAUUUUUUAACCAGACUGUGUUUUGUAAUUACAUUUGUGUAUUAUUAAUAAAGCUCAUGC